AUGGUGACGGUGACGCAGCUUGUGGUGACGUCCGUCCUAGCGGGACUGAGCGUGGGCUCGAACCUGCCGCCGCGAAUCGGUACAACUAGUGUCGGCAACGACAACAGCGCGACGCCCCGUAGCGGUAGGGUGACGCUCCAUCAAGUUCGACGGCGCAACUACCGCUUCAACGGCGCUCGGGCAGUGUAUAGGACGUACCUCAAGUACGGCGUUCCAGUGCCCGAGUACAUUGUCGAGGCUGUAGCCUACACGGACGCGCUCAAUGCCGCCGCAACAAAGCGCGACACGGGCAGUGCGGCCGCGGAGCCGAUCGACCCGAGGUACGACGUUGCAUACGUCACCCCCGUCAGCCUAGGCACGCCUCCCCAGACCCUCCAUCUCGACUUUGGCACGGGCUCGUCCGAUCUCUGGGUGUUCUCGACCGACACGCCGCCCGAACAGGUGAGCGGCCAAGACAUCUACGCUCCGGACAAGUCGACCACGGCCGAGCUGCUCGAGGGCCACACGUGGAGCAUCAGGUACGGUGACGGGUCGGCCUCCCACGGCAACGUCUACACGGACAACGUCACCGCGGGCGUCCAAUGCGCUCAGCAGGUGUCGUCGAGCUUCACCGUCGAGAGCGAGAUCGACGGGCUUGCCGGUUUGGGCUUCAGCAGUCUCAACACCGUCAGCCCCAAGAGCCAGCUGACCUUCUUCGACAACGCCAAACCGCAGCUGGAUAGCCCGGUAUUCACGGCCGACCUGAAGGCCAACAAAGGUACCACGGGCAACAUCUCCUACGUGCCCGUCAACCCAUAUCCCGGCUACUGGACCUUCACGGCCUCCGGCUACGGCGUCGGGUCGACGGGCACCUCUCUCUUGUAUCUGCCUACGGCCAUUGUCACGGCCUACUACCGUCAGGUGCAGGGUGCCACCAACAGCCGGGUCUAUGGCGGAUAUGUAUUCCCCUGCAGCGCAACGCUGCCUUCCUUCACCUUCGGCAUCGGCGGGGCCAAGUUGACUAUCCCCCCCCUCAGCAGCAGCGGGAUCGGUGUGAACAUUUGGGGCGACGUGGCCCUCAAGGCGGCCUUCGUGGUGUUCGACGGCGAGGACCCGCCGAGCAUUGGGUGGGCUACCAAGCCUUUGGACGAAUGA